AAUUUGUAAUUUUAAAAUUGGUAUAAAUUUAUUCCAAAAUUUACCAUUUUUUAAUUAAUUUCGUAAUUUCUUCUUCUUCUUAUUUCUUCUAUUCUUCAAUCUUUAGUUUAUUGAAUUCAUAUUAUAUCAAUUGAGUUAUCCAAUUGAUUUAAUCUUUAAUUUCAAUUCAAUCUAAUCUCGUCCCACCACCCCCCAUCUCACCCGCACUUUUUUUGUUCACUCCCUCAUUGCACCACAUUUUUCAAGAAUUUACGUGUAUUGUUUGACUGUCAUUUAUUAACCUUGUUUGAUCAACCUCAAUUACAUCUUAAACUAAAUCAAUUGUCAUCAUGGGUGAUUACUUAACUCCUUCUGAGUUACCUCAACCAAAAUUAAAGAGAACCAAUACCGGUUUUACCCCUAAUCAAAUUAUUGCUUUAGAUGCUUCUAUCCCUGAAACUGCUAAACAUAUUUGGUUUAAGUAUUCCCAAUUAAAGGUUUUAGAUUCUGGUAAAAGAGGUACCCACGCUCCAGAUUCAGCUGCUGUCUUAUCUACUAAGGAUGCUUUUGAAGAAUCAUUUGUUAGACAUGUUGAAACCACCCUUGCUCGUAACAUGUAUAAUUGUGAUUCUUUAGCUGCUUAUCAAGCUGCUUCAAACACUAUUAGAGAUGGUUUAUUAAUUGAUUGGGCUAAUACUCAACAAAAACAAACCAUUCAAGAUGGUAAAAGAGUUUAUUAUUUAUCCUUGGAAUUUCUUAUGGGUAGAGCUAUGGAUAAUGCUUUAAUUAAUUUAAAAUCAAGAGAUAAUACUAAACAAUCUUUAAAUGAAUUAGGUUUCAACUUGGAAGAUGUCAUUCAUCAAGAACCAGAUGCUGCCUUAGGUAAUGGUGGUUUAGGUAGAUUGGCUGCUUGUUUUGUUGAUUCGCUUUCCUCAAAGAAUUAUUCUGGUUGGGGUUAUGGUUUAAAUUAUCAAUAUGGUAUCUUUAAACAAAAAAUCAUCGAUGGUUAUCAAGUUGAAGUUCCUGAUUAUUGGUUAAAAUACUCCAAUCCUUGGGAAAUCACUAGACAUGAAAUUCAAAUCCCAGUUGAUUUCUAUGGUUAUGUUUAUGAAGAUCAUGAUCCAAAUACUGGUAUUGCUAAAAAAGUUUGGAGUGGAGGUGAAAGAGUUUUGGCUGUUGCCGUUGAUUUCCCAAUCCCAGGUUAUAAUACUCCAAAUACCAAUAAUUUAAGAUUAUGGAAUGCUAAACCAACUGAAGAAUUUGAUUUCACUAAAUUUAAUGCUGGUGAUUAUCAACAAUCUGUUGGUGCUCAACAAAGAGCUGAAGCCAUUACUUCUGUGUUAUAUCCAAAUGAUAAUUUCGAAAGUGGUAAAGAAUUAAGAUUAAAACAACAAUAUUUCUGGGUUGCUGCUUCUUUACAUGAUAUUGUUCGUAGAUUUAAAAAACAACACAAAAACAAUUGGACUAAAUUCCCUGAUCAAAUUGCUAUUCAAUUAAAUGAUACUCAUCCAACUUUAGCUGUCGUUGAAUUACAAAGAAUUCUUGUUGAUUUAGAAGGUUUAGAAUGGGAAAAGGCUUGGUCUAUUGUUACUAAAGUUUUUGCUUAUACCAAUCAUACUGUUUUACCUGAAGCUUUAGAAAAAUGGCCAGUUGAUGUGUUGGGUAGAUUAUUACCAAGACAUUUAGAAAUUAUUUAUGAUAUUAAUUUCUUCUUCUUAAAAGAAGUUGAAAAGAAAUUCCCUGGUGAUCGUGAUGUCUUAGGUAAAGUUUCUAUUAUUGAAGAAAGUACUCCAAAACAAAUUAGAAUGGCUUCAUUGGCCAUUGUUGGAUCUCAUAAAGUUAAUGGGGUUGCUGAAUUACAUUCUGAAUUAAUUAAAACUACUAUUUUCAAAGAUUUUGUUAAAGUUUUCGGUGAAGAUAAAUUCACUAAUGUUACUAAUGGUGUUACUCCAAGACGUUGGUUAAGACAAGCUAAUCCAUUAUUAGCUGAAUUAAUUGCUGAAAAAUUAGAAGAUCCAGAAUAUGAUUAUUUAACUAAUUUAGGUAAUUUAAAGAAAUUGGAAAAAUUUGUUAAUGAUGAUGAAUUUUUAAAGAAAUGGGAUUCUAUUAAAUUCCAUAACAAAAAGAGAUUAGCUGACUUAGUUAAAGAAGAAACUGGAAUUGUAUUAGAUCCAACUGUUUUAUUUGAUGUUCAAGUUAAGAGAAUCCAUGAAUAUAAAAGACAACAAUUGAAUAUUUUUGCUGUUAUUUAUAGAUACUUGAGAAUUAAGCAAUUAUUAGCUGAAGGUGUUUCUCUUGAAGAAAUUAAAUUAAAACAUUAUAUUCCAAAAGCUUCUAUUUUCGGUGGUAAAGCUGCUCCAGGUUAUUACAUGGCUAAGACUAUUAUUCAUUUAGUUAAUAAAGUUGGUGAUGUUGUUAAUAAUGAUCCUGCCAUUGGUAACUUAUUAAAAGUUGUUUUCAUUCCAGAUUAUAAUGUUUCUAAAGCUGAAAUCAUUACUCCAGCUUCUGAUUUAUCUAAUCAUAUUUCAACUGCUGGUACUGAAGCUUCAGGUACUUCUAAUAUGAAAUUUGCAUUAAAUGGUGGUUUAGUUAUUGGUACUGUUGAUGGUGCUAAUGUUGAAAUCACUAGAGAAAUUGGUGAAGAAAACAUUUUCUUAUUUGGUAAUUUAGCUGAAUCAGUUGAAGAAUUAAGACACAAGCAUAUUUAUGAAGGUGUUAAGAUUCCAGCUGCUUUAGGUGAAGUAUUUGGUGCUAUUGAAUCAGGACUUUUCGGUAAUCCAGAUGAAUAUAGAGCUUUAGUCGAUGGUAUUAGAUACCAUGGUGAUUACUAUUUAGUUACUGAUGAUUUUGAUUUAUUCUUACAAACUCACGUUAAAUUAGAAAAAGUUUUCGGUCAUCAUGGUGGGGAUGCUAAUGAUAGUGAUCAUUUACACAGUUGGGUUAAAAAAUCCGUUCUUAGUGUUGCUAACAUGGGUUUCUUCAGUAGUGAUAGAGCUAUUGAUGAAUAUGCUGAAAAUAUCUGGGAUAUUGAACCAACUAAUCAAUAAAUGGAUAAUAUCUAAUCACUUUCGCUGUGUUUGAUAUUUUACUUUUGUUCCCUUUUUCAAUUCUCUCUUUCCAUCCUCCACACUUUUUUAUUCAAAUAUCUCUUUCGUCCUUUUUAUUUUUAUAUUUAAUUAAUUAGUUCUACAAACAAAUGAAGUUUCUUUAUAAAUAAAAUAAAUAAAUAUUAUGAGCUUGCCUUUUAACAUAUUCCAUAUUUAGUCAUAUCAAUAUACACUUGACA